AUGCUCCGCACACAAGUCCGCGCCCUCUCCACAGCCUCAAAGGCUCUCCCCACCCUCAGCCGUACGGCCACCCGCGGCUUCGCGGCUGUCCGCAUGUCCACUCCCCCUCAAAUGGCGCGCGCCUUUGCGGUCCCCAUGACCCGCUCCUUCCACGCCACCUCGUUCGCUUCUGAGGUCGUCACCAUUACGGUUCCCCAGAUGGCCGAGUCGAUCACCGAGGGCACCUUGAAACAGUUCAACAAGCAGGUUGGCGAGUUCAUCAAGGCAAAUGAGGAGCUUGCGUCGAUUGAGACCGACAAGAUCGACGUCGCAGUCAACGCUCCCCAGAGCGGUAAGGUUGUUGAGCUCCUUGUUGAGGAGGACGCGACCGUCGAGGUCGGCCAGGAGAUUGCCAGGAUCGAGCUUGGAGAGGAGGAGGGCGCUUCCGCUGGUUCGUCAGCGCCUGCUGCGGAGGCCCCCAAGGAGGAGGCCCCCAAGAAGGAGGAGGCAAAGGGUGCCGCUCCCACUGAGGCACCCAAGCCCGCCGCGGCGGCCGCCCCCAAGCCCGCUGCUCCCAAGCCCGCUGCUCCCAAGGAGUCGGCUCCCGUCCAGGCUGAGGCCAACGCCAUCUCGCGCAAGGAGACCCGCGUGAAGAUGUCGCGCAUGCGCCAGACCAUCGCGACCCGCCUCAAGGCGUCGCAGAACUCGGCUGCCUCGCUCACCACCUUCAACGAGAUUGACAUGUCGUCGAUCAUGGACUUCCGCAAGCUCUACAAGGACGGCGUGCUCAAGAACGAGGGCGUCAAGCUCGGCUUCAUGAGCGCCUUUGCGCGUGCUUCGGUCCUCGCCCUCCGCGAGAUCCCCGAGGCCAACGCCUCGAUUGAGGACGACACCAUCAUUUACCGCGACUACGUCGACCUCUCGGUUGCUGUCGCUACCCCCAAGGGUCUCGUCACCCCCGUUGUCCGCAACGCCGAGUCGAUGGGCCUCGUUGACAUUGAGCGUGCCAUUGCCGAGCUCGGCGUCAAGGCUCGCGACGGCAAGCUCACCAUCGAGGACAUGGCCGGCGGUUCGUUCACCAUCUCCAACGGUGGCGUCUUUGGCUCGCUCUACGGCACUCCCAUUAUCAACCUCCCCCAGUGCGCUGUCCUCGGCAUGCACUCGAUCAAGGAGAAGCCGGUUGUCGUUGACGGCCAGAUCGUGAUCCGCCCCAUCAUGGUUGUUGCCCUCACCUACGACCACCGUCUUCUCGACGGCCGGGAAGCCGUCACCUUCCUUGUCCGUGUCAAGGAGUACCUCGAGGACCCCCGCCGCAUGCUCCUCCCCUCGCCCGUGUAA